AGUUCCCAGAAGCUCCCCAGGCUCUAGUGCAGGAGGAGGAGGAGCAGGAGGCGGAGAUUCCCAGUUAAAAGUCUCCAAAAUCGAGCUAAAAGCCUCCAGAAUCGUGUACCAGGCAGCGAGAACUGAAGUACUGGGGCCUCCUCCACUGGGUCUGAAUCAGUAGGUGACCCCGCCCCUGGAUUCUGGAAGAACUGGCUCCUCCUUCCUGUCUACCGGCCCCGCCCUCUCCAUUUACCAGACCUCACCAUGGGACGCCCCCGACCUCGUGCAGCCAAGACGUGGAUGUUCCUGCUCUUGCUGGGGGAAGCCUGGGCAGGACACUCCAGGGCACAGGAGGACAAGGUGCUGGGGGGUCAGGAGUGCCGACCCCAUUCGCAGCCUUGGCAGGCAGCCUUGUUCCAGGGCAAGCAACUACUCUGUGGCGGUGUCCUUAUAGGUGGCAACUGGAUCCUUACGGCUGCCCACUGUAAAAAACCGAAAUAUACAGUACGCCUGGGAGACCACAGCCUACAGAAAAAAGAUGGCCCAGAGCAAGAAAUACCUGUGGUUCAGUCCAUCCCACACCCCUGCUACAACAGCAGCGAUGUGGAGGACCACAACCACGACCUGAUGCUUCUUCAGCUGCGUGACCAGGCAUCCCUGGGGCCCAAAGUGAAGCCCAUCAGCCUGGCAGAUCAUUGCACCCAGCCUGGCCAGACGUGCAUCAUCUCGGGCUGGGGCACUGUCACCAGUCCCCGAGAGAAUUUUCCUGAUACUCUCAACUGUGCAGAAGUAAAAAUCUUUCCCCAGAAGAAGUGUGAGGAUGCCUACCCAGGGCAGAUUACAGAUGGCAUGGUGUGUGCAGGCAGCAGCAAAGGGGCUGACACGUGCCAGGGCGAUUCUGGAGGUCCCCUGGUGUGUAAUGGUGCACUCCAGGGCAUCACAUCCUGGGGCUCAGACCCCUGUGGGAGGUCCGACAGACCUGGUGUCUAUACCAACAUCUGCCGCUAUCUGGACUGGAUCAAGAAGACCAUAGGCAGCAAGGGCUGAUUCUGGGAUAAGCACUAGAUCUCCCUUAAUAAAACCAGCCAUCUCUGGUUC